CUGUGUGCAGAGUGCAGUGCAGAGAGAGAUACAAAAUGAAGUUACAUUUACAUGUAGGCAUGUAGCAUCGGUCGCUGUGUGAGUGUGUUAGUGCUAUACAAAAUGUAGUAUAAAUUAUAACUCAUGCAACGUGACAUUUACGAUUGUGCGAACAAUUCCAAGAAUUCAAUAGUUGGCCUUGGGCCAACCUGGAAUGCAACAAGAUUUUAAAUGUUGAUCUACGACUAAAACUGCUGCAAUGAUGGACACCAUAGAAAGAAAAAGAUUUCCAAAUCUUUACAAUUUGACAGUGCCAGAAUUUCAAGAAUAUCGAGAAAACAUCACAAGAUAUGAAAAUGAAAUUGUUGAAGAUAAUAAAAUAUUUGCAGUGAUUUUCUACUCGUUCCUGUCAAUGAUUGGGCUGUUUGCCAAUUGUGUUAUUUUAGUCAUUUUCAUUCGUUACAAAAAGAUGCAGAAUGUCUCCCACAGUUAUAUCACAAACCUCGCUGCUGCGAAUUCACUGCUAAUAAUUAUUCAUUGGCCAAUGGUACUAUAUAGAUACCUGGUUGGUGUCGUAGUAAAUAAAUCAAUGUGCGAAGGCCUAGAUAUCUUUCAUAACAUAUUGGUUUAUAUACCUAUUUAUACGGUCUUAGCAAUGACUACAGAUCGUUACUUUGCCAUAAAGAAUUCACUUCGUUUUGGAAUGCUUGGUAACAGAAUCAGCAAAAAGAAAUUGACUAUAAUAAUUAUUUGUAUUGUGUGGUUCUUCUGUUCAUCAAUAAUAAUAACAACUGUGCUUGCUUCAAAAAUAAAUUUUUUUCUUUGCGGCUAUGCUGCACAGAUUAGUCUAUACUCACAUUUCUCUGACAGACACUUUGCAGAGUUUGCAGUUGGGUAUGCCAUCCCCGUUUUGUUUUGUGUUGUCGUCUUCUUUCUGACGUUUCAUGAGUUGCGGCUAAGUGUUGAAUUCCUGCCAGAUCACAUGGAUGGCUUCACGUCGCAGGUGAAGCUUAGAAUCAAAAUAGUAAAGUUAGCCAUGUAUGUGGUGGCCUUCUACAGUAUUUGCCACUUCCCCUUCCACAUAGGAAGGAUUUCUAUUUUCUAUUACAGUCGCAAGAUUCUUAAGUUCCAUGAAAUUGACGUGAUUUAUCACAUUUACGCUGCCUUAGAAGGUCUGCAAUACAUAUUUUUCUGUUGUACGCCACUUGUUAUUUAUGCUCUUUGUGAGCAGUACCAUAAGUAUACAAAAAUAUUUUUCUCAUCCAAAUCAAACACUCAGACAUCCGCUGUUUAUGCAGAUUCCCAGAUGUAGGUUCCACAUACAAUACAAUUUAUUGUGUUUAUCAAGUCAAUACAGAAAUUUUUUUGAGAGUAUUCAUCUGUACCAAAGAAGUGGAAUGAAGAAAUACAAGAAUUUGGUGUGCACAUAUACUGGAAUAUGAGAUCGCUGUGGUAGAAAAGAAUCAAACCAAGCCCCUACAUCAAAUAGGGUUUAGACAAGUCAACAUUCAAGUCAUAAGACAAAUGGGGAGCGAAACUGUGAGAUGGAGCAGGGACAGAAUGCACUGGUGGGGGAAUACAGAAAUAACCAGAGAAAACCUUCUGGUUAGUGACAUCCGCCAUGUAUCAUACUUGUGAAAAACUUGGAUUUGAAACUGCCGGCAAUUGAACCCUAACCAUGGUGCGAGGCGAGUGAUCUAAUCACUCAUCCACAGUGGCCCCAAAGGUAUCAGACAUGCUCCUCUUUAAAAAUAUCAAUAACCUGAUGAUUUUUUUACAGGCUACCUCAUAGUAAUUUGGUCACAGAAUAUUGCAACAACAAAGAAUUACAGGGCAGCAUCAUUGUUGAGUGUUCAUAGUGCAGUUGUUUGUUUUGGGUGCUACGACUAUUGGAACAGUUCAUUGUUCUGAGAGGGGUGCAUGGGUUGUGAGAUGCUGCUGAAUGUAUUUUUUUGAAAUGUCAAUGCAAAUUAUUGUUGAUAGAUCAUUGAUCUAAAUGUAAAUGAUUAUUUAGUAAGUAAAGUGUUUUUUGAAAGAGAAAGUUUUGUUUUGAAACGAACCAAAAUCUUUGAGGUGAAAUUUUUCUUAAAGUUAGUAAUUCUUUUUUUGUUUUAACGUGGAAUUUUAUUAUUUCCUAUUUUUAAACUGUUGCUUGCAUUCCUGCAGGUUAUUUGUUCAAAUCCUUAUUUGUAAAAGUAAAUGCGUGUGUUAGGAAGUACUGUAACUUUCACAAACAUUUAAAAGAAAAAAAGUUCUCUGAGAGACAGGUUAGGUAUGCUGUGCUGUUCAGCUGUCGUUCAGCAGGUGGACUGUUAGUUUGCAUAUAGCUUGAGGCUCACUUGAAACAAAGAAUGAGUUACUAGAGUGGAUAAUUUUGUGCCAGUCUUAAAAGUGUGCCACAUUUAAUUUUUUAUUUUUUUCCUUUAUGCCUAGAACACCUGAGAGCACUGCCAUUAUCCAGUUUUCAUAAAGUGCUCAAUAAUUUUCUUAAGAAAUGAUUACUUUUUUUGGCACAGCAGAACAGUAGUAUCUUGGUUAGAGCAAGAAAAUUUGCUCUCACUUAUAUCACAAUUUUAAUGUUUUGUGCGAGUGUAUUGCGUGGUGUCAUUGAUGAACAAUAAACUUCAAAUAUUUCUGAAUUAGUGCAUUUUUUUAUCAGUACAAAUUUCUCAGACAUAGUUUCAGAAAAAUCACAAAAUUCGAAUUUUUUUGUACUUUUUUAGUGCUCAUUUGUAAGAGAACUUGUUCUUUGACUACGGUAGGUUGUUAGCCAGGCUGUCCUGACUGGUUACAGGCUAUGGUAGUAAUAAUUGUAAGAUGAUUUAAAAUCAUAUAUUAUGUAACAGGUUAGAUGACAACUAACAGUUUACCAUUGGGCUUGCAGGUUUAAAAAUCUCAACUAUCAAAUUGUUAAAUUGUGUAACCAACAAAUUUAAUCCUGGAUGAAUAUUUUCUAAGAGAAUUUCCAUUACUUGUCAUUGUUCAUUACUCUCUGACAUCAAUGAACAUGCACAUGCUUAUCGCCUAAGGAAGACACUCAACAUGGGCGAGAUGACUGAAGCUGAUGUGAAGUUGCUGCCCUACCUGUUUAAAAUGCCAGCCUAGAUAAUGAAUGAAACAAUAUAAGAGGGAGUGGAGAAGCAACAAUAUUACUGUGGUGGGGUAAAUAGGAGUCCAUCACCUUUCUCACUUAUUAAUAAUGUGACCAUGAAUUCUAAUUCGGACAGGAUUCUCAGGCCUGGAUCUAUGUGUGUGUGUGUGUUUGUGAGAAGGGGGUAGGGGUGGUUGGACGCUGGCUUGGAGGGGGCGUAGUAUGGACAGACCAAAUUUUUAUAGUCUAUGAAAACUGUGAAUUAAAUGUUUAAUAGAUACAUAAUUUUUCAGUAUUCAUCAAUAUUUUAAUUUUACUCAUUAUAAAUAAUCAUGUUUUCAGUGGAUAUCAUUAUUACUCAGUUUCUAGCGUGUUUGCAUGGCAUGCAAAACAAAUUAUUCCUGAUAUGUUUAUAGCUUUUUUUUGAGGGGGAAGGGGGCUAAUCACCAUUUCUGCCCUGGAUUAAGGAGAGUCUAGUAGAGCCAUCCCUAAGAAUUGUAAUUCCAGCUAAUGAACCAGAACUUAGUGCCUCACCGACAUCACAGUUAUUAGUGAUGAUGAGGGGUGAAGAGGAUGAAGCAGUGAUGAAAUGAAUUGGUGGGGGAAAUGAGAGUGCCCUGAGAAAAACACAUUGGCUCAUGGCAACAUAUUUCCCAUUGGCAAAAAAUUAGGUUUGAAGCUGCUGGGCAGCACCCCAGAUCACUUUCGUGGAAGGUGAGUGAUAUAUUAACUCAACCACAUUGACACCCAACUAACCUAACCUGUUGGCAUAAUGUAACAUCGGAGCAGCCCAAGCAAGCAGUUUUUUUUGUAAAACAAGUGAAGUAUAUUUCUAACUCCUUUAUAGAGCAACAGCGUUAAACAAUGUUGUGCUACACACACUUAAAGAUCACAAAAUUUAAUUUCUCAAGGCAGAAUACCAGGAAAAUAUGAACAAUUAGAUACAUGGUUUGCAGCCAAACUGAUAUGCAAAAUGGUAAUUUAAUACACAUCCCUUAUCAUUCGCAUUGUUUUGAAAUUAUUAAAGAAAAAAAUCCUGCAAGUUUAACUUUCCUUCAUGCAAAAAAGGUAUAUUGCAUUCUAUUAAAGUCACUUUUAUACUGUAAGAGGAAAGUGUUAUUCGGGCUUUGGAAGGGAGAACUGUUGGUUGGUUAUACUACUGCCCCACAAGAGACCAUAGUCUCAAUUUCAGAAAAUUCCAAGAUUCCUUUAGUAAAGGAAAAAAUCCCAGCCGCUACUAUGUAAAAAAAACAUCUGGUGCAAUUUAAGGAGAUGUGUAGUUGAUUAUUCAAGCCUUCUUAAAAAGGUGACUUUUCACCCCAAUGACUACAGGUGCACAGUGUAGUUAGUCAUGACUACCUCUGUUGCUAUUAUAACAUCACAAGCUUUGUACCUAAACUUAUAUGCUGGGUCAGUAAGAAGGGUUUCUGCAAACUUCCUACAACAUAGGCAUCAAAUGAAUGUUGAAUCAGUCCUUUUUGGUAAGGACACACUGAUUAGGAAGCAGCACACUUGAUGCUGCCUCAGCAUCAGUCUUCAGUUUAUUGCCUGAAAUAUCUCUCCCCCUAUAUUAUCACCUUCCCCCCCCCCCCCCAUAAUUUUAUAAGGUGAUUUCCUUAUGGGAAUUGAUGGAGUGUGUGUAUUAACAACUUAUAUAUAAUCUUAAGUCUUACUGGUAAUAUGCACACUCGAAUAACAGUUUAAGGAAUUAUAUUUGUGCAAAAUAUUUUUUUUUUAAAUAAUUUAAAAUUCAACUACAGUUAUGAGAAUAGUGUUUAUGAUAUACAGUUUUUCUCCAUAUUAAUAAAUAUCUACUAAUAAUACCUUCUCUCCUUCAUCAAAAUAAUAGGGUGUGUCACCCUCUCAUUGCAUACAAAUUUGGAUUGAUUUUAAGAAUAAAAAAUCUCGUAACUACCCAGGACACACUGUUUCAGCUUAUAACACACUGUAAAGUUUGUGCGGCAAUGAUAAAAUACCCGAGACGUUGGCAUGCAUGCAAAGGCAAUCUUAUGAUAACCUCAGCUAUCAAUAUUUGGCUAACUACUCGCAGCAGACAUAACUGAAACGAGCCACGGCAGUGGAUGUAUGCUUCCCUUACAAGUGUGAUCUGCAGUAGUGAAACGGGCAUCUUGAAGUUUACUUGGGAGUAAGUUGCCUGAAAGUUCGCUACAUGUACCAGCUAAGGUACUGAAACUAAUUAACUCUUCAUUCACAUCAAAUAAAUCUACUAUAUAAAAUAAGUCGGGUUUUCCUUCCUGACGCUAUAACUCCAGAACGCACGAACCGAUUUCCACGGUUUUGCAGUCGUUGGAAAGGUCUCGGGCUCCGUGAGGUUUAUAGCAAAGAAAAUUCAGGAAAAAUUCAGGACAAACCAACAUUUUAAGUAGAUGACGCCGGUGCGUGAUACAUUGUUUGACAGCUACUCAUUGUUCUCUGCUCAGUUAAUUUCAUGUGACAAACCGGUAUUGUGUUCACUGUGAAAUUGUGAAAAAAAAAGGAAAAAAAAUAAGUUAUUCGUUUCCUAACAUUUCAAUUGGAAACCAUCAAAUCAACUACUCAUUGUUCUCUGCUCAGUUAAUUUCAUGUGACAAACCGGUAUUGUGUUUACUGUGAAAUUGUGAAAAAAAAGAAAAAAAAAUAAGUUAUUCGUUUCCUAACAUUUCAAUUGGAAACCAUCAAAUCAACUACUCAUUGUUCUCUGCUCAGUUAAUUUCAUGUGACAAACCGGUAUUGUGUUUACUGUGAAAUUGUGAAAAAAAAGAAAAAAAAAUAAGUUAUUCGUUUCCUAACAUUUCAAUUGGAAACCAUCAAAUCAACUACUCAUUGUUCUCUGCUCAGUUAAUUUCAUGUGACAAACCGGUAUUGUGUUUACUGUGAAAUUGUGAAAAAAAAGUAAAAAAAACAUAUAACGUAUAUUGUGCAAAUUUUUAUUCAAUUUCAACAGCAGGCAUUUGUCUUUAAGGUCGUAAGUUGAACUGUGUAAAUUAUGUGGAUCGUGCAUUUGAGGUUAAAUUCACCACUCUGUCCAUAGCCCAAAAUGCCUAGAGGACGACGUGCCAACAUCGGCCGCCGCACAAGACAUGCAAGCCAGCAACAAGUGUAUUCACAGAACUUAAGCGAAGAAAGACAAAAUAUAAUAAGAGAAAAUGCCCGAUUGAGACAACGCGUGAGCACACGAAGAUCAUUGGCAUCAUACAAUCGCUUGGCAUUCCAAUAUGAUCCCACUGCGAACUACAGUGAUGAUGAAAAUUUAGAUAUUGGACCAAUGACGACUAUAUGCCGAUAUUGCAAUGCUUUAAAGUUCAAAAGAGAAAUGGCUGGAUUGUGCUGCGCAAGUGGAAAAGUCAAACUGGAUCCAUUACUUACACCACCACAGCCACUGAAACCAUUGUUCGAUGGAAGUGAUCCCGAUUCCAGCCAUUUUCUUCAACACAUCCUUGAAUACAAUAACUGCUUUCGCAUGACUUCCUUCGGAGCUAAUAUCAUUCGAGAAGGCGGCUUCAUGCCGACUUGCAAGGUAAAGUAUCACUCACACCAACACAAUGAAUUGCAAUACAUAACAACUACAUAUACACCACACACUACACCAUCACACGAUCAGAAGUUACACCAUAUUCUUAAACAAAUGAUUGUUUGCAAUUACAGAUACAAGGACAAAUAUAUCAUUUGCAUGGUUCAAUGGUGCCAACACCAGAUGAACCGCAUCAAUUUCUGCAAAUAUAUUUCAUUUCGUCGAUGGUGGAUCAGCUGAAUGUGCGAUGCAAUAUACAGGGAACACAACAGUUAAAGAGACGAAUUAUUGAACAGUUGCAAGCAUUUUUUCACGCUAAUAAUGCUGUGGUUAAUAUGUUCAAAACAGCAUUGGAACGAAUGCCAUCGGAUACGCACAAAUUUGUCAUAAGAGCGGAUUGUACCCCAACAGGUGAACAUGUGCGAAGAUUCAAUGCACCCACCGUUAAUGAUGUUGCUGCAAUUAUUGUUGGCGAUCCAACUAAAUCGCGAGACAUUGUCGUUCAGCGAAGAAGCAAUAUCAUGCAUCGUGUAAACGAGACACAUCGUUUGUACGAUGCGUUACAAUAUCCAAUCAUUUAUUGGCAAGGGCAAGACGGAUACGACAUCACGUUGAAGAUGGUCGAUCCAAUUACAGGUACAAUGUUCACACACUAAUUAUUGCUAUUAUUGCUAUUAUUGGUUUCCAUUAAUUAUUGCUAUUAUUGCUAUUAUUGGUUUCCAUUAACAAUUCAUUUAAUUUUGCAUUUUCAGGCGUAUAAACGAAUAAAAAUCUAAGCGCAAUGAAUUACUAUGCGUAUCGUAUGAUGAUUCGUACACAUGAGGAGAAUGUCAUUCUGAAGUGCCGUCGGCUAUUCCAGCAAUUCGCUGUCAACAUGUAUGUCAAAGUCGAGACAGAACGUUUAGCGUUCAUCCGAUUCAAUCAGGCAAAGCUAUGAUCUGAGGACUAUAUACACUUGCGUGAUGCUAUUCAUUCAGAUGGUGAUGUUCAGAAUAUUGUACGUCUGACGAUUCUCCCAUCAUCUUAUAUCGGAAGCCCACGCCACAUGCACGAAUACGCUCAAGAUGCUAUGACGUACGUACGAAAUUAUGGAACUCCGGAUUUAUUUAUUACGUUCACAUGCAAUCCGAAGUGGACGGAAAUUGAACGUGAGUUGGAACCGGGCCAAAAACCGCAAGAUCGCCAUGACAUAAUCGCCAGAGUAUUUCAGCAAAAACUCAAGGUUAUGAUGGAUGUGCUUACUAAGUAUCGAGUUUUUGGUGACACGCGUUGUUAUAUGUACUCGGUGGAAUGGCAGAAGCGUGGACUACCGCAUGCUCAUAUCCUAAUUUGGUUGCUGAACAAAUUACAUUCAAAUGAAGUGGAUGACAUCAUAUCAGCUGAAAUUCCUGAUCCAGUCACUGAUCCCCAUCUACACGACAUUGUGACGACACAGAUGGUGCAUGGACUGUGCGGUGCAUUAAAUCCAUUAUCGCCUUGCAUGCCAGAUGGAAAGUGCACAAAACGAUAUCCGCGACCGUUAGUUGCUGAAACAGUCACAGGGAACGAUGGAUAUCCAGUUUAUCGUCGGCGUUCAAAAGAAGAUAAUGGUCGAACUAUCAAAGUUAAAGUUCAAAAUCAAGAUAUUGAGAUCGGAAAUGAAUUCAUUGUACCAUAUUGCCCGCUGCUAUCACGAAUUUUCGAAACACAUGCAAACGUUGAGAGUUGUCAUUCGGCCAAAUCAAUCAAAUAUUUGUGCAAGUACGUCACAAAAGGCAGCGACAUGGCUGUGUUUGGUAUUGCGUCGGAAAAUGCGAAUGACGAAAUCAGCAACUUCCAAAUGGGCAGAUACGUCAGUACUAAUGAAGCACUGUGGCGAUUGUUGUCAUUUCAAAUUCAUGAAAGAUAUCCCACAGUUGUACAUUUAGCAGUGCAUUUGGAAAAUGGCCAAAGAGUUUACUUCACUGAGGCUAAUGCGGCACAACGAGCUGAGAGACCACCAUCGACAACAUUGACUAGCUUCUUUGCAAUGUGUGAAGCAGAUCCAUUCGUAGCGACGCUGAUGUACCUUGAAAUGCCCAAGUAUUAUACUUGGAAUCAAUCAACAAAGAAAUUCCAACGUCGCAAAUAAGGAACCCCGGUUCCAGAUUGGCCACAGGUGUUUUCCACUGAUGCACUAGGUCGCAUGUAUACUGUUCAUCCUAGAAAUGAUUAAUGUUUUU